AUGGGGAAACAAUGCGAAGAAGGUGAGCUGACUAACAUAGCUGGCGAAAAUUUUCAACUAGCCUCGUUCAGCCAGAGUAUAUCAAAAUAUUAGAGGCUGGCCGCUGUGGCACAGCUCAAGAGAAAAUCAUCUCCAGACUGUUUUUCGAAAUCAGCGACGUUGUAAUUAGAUAUUAGUGCCUUAAAAAGACGGUUUUUCAUCUAAGAGUGUCGUGGAUUGAGGGAAAAAUGAGGAAAGACUUCUUGUUAUAGCUAAUCGUUAACACAUGACAACAUUUAUCUCUGUUUACAGACAGUAGAGCCUACUCGUCUAGCUGCUCUUAAUCACCACAGCUCUCAAGUCGGUAGCGUAACUAAUAACAGUGAAAGUGUCAAACUUCGUGUCGUAAAUCAGGGCUGAAAGGUCUGGGGAGAGCAUGCAUUUCAUUAAAGAUGGCGGAAAGGACUUUUGUGGGAAUAGGGGCUUGAUUCUGUUCCUUGGAAUCAAAAGAUCAUUGGAUUGUAAUAAAAUCAUUGCCAAUUUUUUUUAUUUUUAGGGGCAGGGUAAAUGUUAUUCUGCACAUUAUAUCUACAAGUUCACCAUGGCUUCCCUUCGAUUUCAUGCCAUCAUCAACAGCAGCCAAAAACAAAACAUAUUUUAAAAACGUUAUUGUCAAGGGUAGUUAAUCUGUAGGAUCGCAUGCUAUUUUAAUAAUAAUAAUAAUAAUAAUAAUAAUAAUAACAACAAUGAAUUUCAGUUGUUGAUGAGUGUGCUUCAAAUCCUUGUCAAAAUGGAGCUACGUUCAUCGACAAACAUUCGAGCUACAAAUGUAACUGUACCAUUGGAUAUAACGGAACACUAUGCGAAACUGGUAUGCUACUUCUGUGUAGAGAAAAUUAA